AUGGCGAGAUCACAACAGAGAUACCGCGGCGUUCGCCAGAGGCACUGGGGCUCUUGGGUCUCCGAAAUACGCCACCCUUUACUGAAGACAAGAAUAUGGCUCGGCUCAUUUGAGACAGCGGAGGAUGCAGCUAGAGCAUAUGACGAGGCUGCAAGGAUCAUGUGUGGGCCAAGAGCACGCACAAACUUUGCAGACAGCAUGAAUGAGCCUCAAUCGUUGUCAUCAAAAUUUCUUUCUGCAACUCUAAUGGCUAAGCUACAAAAAUGCCACGUGAAAUCUUUCAAAAUGGCCAAGAAACCAGUUGUGAAUAAGCUAAAUGAAAUAGAACAAACUCAAUGUCCUCAUGGUUCUGCAUUUGCAGAAAAGGAUGGUCGAAUUGGGGUCGAUUUUCCGAUGGAUUAUGUGAAUUGUGAAAGCCCAGCAGGGAGUAAUGAGGAACAAUUCAAGCCUUUGGAAGAUGAUCAUAUAGAGCAGAUGAUUGAGGAGUUGCUUGAUUAUGGCUCGUUUGAGCUGUGUGUUUGA